AUGGAACGUUGGCAGAACAAAGUGGCUGUCGUGACAGGAGCUAGUGCCGGUAUUGGAGCAGCAAUCGCGGCUGAUUUAGUAAAAAGCGGUUUCAUUGUGGUUGCCUUGGCUCGACGCGAAGAACGCCUGCAAGAGAAUCAACGCGCUCUCCCUGAAAACCUGCAAUCUAGGUAUCAUCCCAAAAGAUGUGAUGUUACCAAUGAAGAGGAAGUGAAGGAUACCUUCGCCUGGAUCGAAACCAAGCUUGGAGGGACUGAUGUCCUUGUUAACAAUGCCGGUGUUGUAGCUUCUGGUGUGCAACUAAUAGGAGUAGAUAAUACUCAACCUAUUCGAAAUAUUGUGGAGACAAAUGUCAUGAGUGUCGUCUAUUGUGUCCGGGAGGCGUUCAAUUCGAUGAAAAAGCGGAACUUCGAUGGGCAUGUUGUGAUCAUAAAUAGUGUCGCUGGACAUUAUAUUCCGAUGGUGCCCGCAGGAUCGCUGAAUAUUUAUCCUGCUUCUAAGUUUGCAGUGACGGCAAUGGUGGAGACCUACCGUCAGGAAUUCGCAAAUGCUGGAACGAAAGUGAAAAUUACGAGUAUCAGCCCUGGGGGUGUAUUAACCGAAAUAGCGCCGAAUAUGGAAACGCUUAGAGAAGCAGGUCAUCCACUUCUAGAUGCUGCAGAUAUAUCUAAUGCUGUAUUGUAUGCAUUGAGCACGCCACCACAUGUCCAGGUUCAUGAGUUGACUAUCAGGCCUGUUGGAGAAAAGUUUUGAGCAGCUAAUACGAACUCAAUUUGUAAAUAUACAUAUAUAUCGGAAA